CGCUGAAGCCAAUGACAACGAGCAAAGCCAGCGUCACCUGUUGCAAGCGCGUCGCUGGGUAAUUGACAAUCGACAGGCCACGACCAGGAGUUGAAACGAAAAGAUGUUGGAAAACUGGCUGAGCCACGACUCCCCAGCGUGCAUGACCAGGGUGCAGAGCAGAAAAAAAAAGCCGCCUAUGACGAAUCGGGUGCAAACACUUCACAUUCCUUGCUUUGUGGCCACGGCAAUGAGCGCCAGCAACAACACACGAUCAUUCACACCACCGCCAGACUGAAACGCUUGUGAAUAAAACCUGUCCUGCUUCCCUCCAUUGCUGAACUUCUUCCAUUCCUCUCAGCUUCCAUCAGCCGACACGUUCACUUUUCGUGACAAAGUUGUAGUUCAGGUCCAAUAGUUAGGACGCAAAAGCUUUCUCCAAACGCAAACGCAGAACAACAACAACAACCACCUCAAAUCAAACCCAGCAAUCAAUCACAAUGGCAAAGACAGGCAUCUUCCACCACCUGGGCACGUUUCUUAUAUUCGCUGCGGCGAUUCUGCUCUUGAUUACCACCAUCUCUGCUCCGGUUAUCAAUGACAUCGCCAUCCUAAAGGUGAUGCUCACCAACCAAUCCGACAUCCGCAACUCCUCAGUUACCUUCGGUACCUUUGGCCACUGCGUUCUCGAUGUUGCUCCCGCAAGCACUGAUCAAGAUUACUGCACCGGCAAGCACAUUGGCUACAACCCCGCUGAUAUCAUGGCUGGCAUCGACCACACCACCUUUACCACCGCCUCAACCGAUACCACAAAGGCCCUGACUCGAGUCAUGAUCCUCCACCCAAUCGCCACCGGUCUUGCAUUCAUCUCCUUCCUCCUCGCACUCGGCGCCGGUUUCUGCGGUGCGAUCAUGGCAGCUAUGGUCGCGGCCGUAACCUGGCUCAUCACCGUCGUGGUCAUGGCUUGCGACUUUGCGCUCUUCGGCAUCAUCAAGAACCAUGUCAACAAGGACGGCAGCGGAAGCCAUGCCUACUAUUCGGUCGGGAUGUGGACCAUUCUCGCAGCCAUGCUCUGCUUGUUCUUCGGAACCAUCGUUGUGCUGUUCACUUGCCUCUCUUCGAGAAUGCACCGAAAGGACAACCGCGCCUCCAAGGCUGGCGAUGCUGGAUAUGCGAAUGGUACUACCACUACUCGUAGACGCUUCUGGCAACGUCGCUCUCGAUACUAGAUCAUGGUGUUGGGAAGAUCGAGGAUCAGAUGAGCUUGUGAACUUUCCAUUCUCUGGUUGGCGUUGGGGAUCUGAAACUUCAUGAGAUACCGAUUUCCUUCUUCGCAGGCCUGUAUGAUAGGUUGAAGUGGAGGAGCGUGCUGCAUUGAGAUACCACUUGGACCUUACGGUUCCUUUAAUAUACUGCUUCUGUAAUGAGAUGACAAAUCAAAUGAUACC